UAACCAUUAAAUUGGAUACAAAGAAAACCACAAUCACCGCCAAAAUCUGAGCCAUAUUCUUCCCUACAGUUAGUUAUUUGUUCAUGGUGGAAUUCCCAUGGGAGGAGAGGUUGCGCCGCCGUCGCCGCCGCCCACGGCAAAGAAGAAGGCCAAGUCGCAGCCCAGACCCAUCCGCCUCCUCCGCAACGUCUUCCGCUCCUUCCCGAUCAUAUUCAUAACCUCCCCCGCCGCCUGCCGCCUUCCGACGGACGCCAAAAUCAUCUCCGGCAGGCGCGUGACGGGCACGCUCUUCGGGUGGCGCAGGGGGCGCGUGCGACUCCUGGUCCAGGAGAGCCCCCACGCGCCGCCGACGGCGGUGGUGGAGAUGUCGAUGAAGACGCAGGCUCUGCAGAGGGAGAUGGGGCUGGGUAUGGUCAGAAUCGCCCUCGAGUGCGAGAAGCGCCCGGCGGCGGCGGCGGCGGCGGCGGUGGAGCUUCUGGAGGAGCCGCUGUGGAUGAUGUACUGCAACGGGAAGAAGGUCGGGUACGCCGUGCGGCGGGAGGCCACGGCGGAGGACCGGCGGGUGAUGGAGGCGCUCAGGGCGGUGACGAUGGGGGCCGGCGUGCUGCCGGACGGCGACUUAGCCUAUAUAAGGGCGGAAUUCGAUAGAGUGCUGGGGUCCCGGGACUCCCAAACGUUGUACAUGGUGAGCCCCGAUGGGAGCAUUGGUCCCGAGCUCACCAUCUUCUUUGUCAGGAGAAGACUGGAAUGUAGCGACGGAAAUUUAAGCUAAUAAGGAAUUAGAGGCUACCCCAGGAAGCUGACCAGCAAGAACACCCAAAAAGCCAGUUGUUCCAACCACAGUAAAAAGAAAAGCUGCCUGCA